AUGGAUAUGACUUAUUCAGGAAGCGUUAAGGAACACUCUAAGAAGCGUGUUGCUUACUACUAUGACUCAAACAUUGGAAAUUAUUACUAUGGCCAGGGUCAUGUUAUGAAACCACACCGAAUAAGGAUGACCCAUCACUUGCUCCUUAACUAUGGAAUUUACCGCGAUUUAGAAGUCUACCGUCCUUAUCCAGCAGCCUUCGACGAGAUGACUCGAUUCCAUAGUGAAGAGUAUAUUCAGUUCUUGAAAUGUGCCAGUCCGGAUAAUCUGAAGAUGUAUAACAAGCAAAUGUUGAAAUUCAAUGUUGGAGAAGAUUGUCCUUUAUUCGAUGGUCUCUAUGAGUUCUGCCAGUUGAGUAGCGGAGGAUCGUUGGCGGCUGCUGUCAAAUUGAAUAAACGGAAAUGCGAUAUAGCCGUUAAUUGGAUGGGAGGACUCCAUCAUGCCAAGAAAAGCGAAGCCAGCGGCUUCUGCUACACCAACGACAUCGUUCUUGGUAUUUUGGAGCUUUUGAAAUACCAUAGAAGAGUUCUCUAUGUUGAUAUUGAUGUUCAUCACGGAGAUGGAGUCGAAGAGGCUUUCUUCACUACUGAUCGUGUUAUGACAGUUUCUUUCCACAAGUUCGGAGACUUUUUCCCCGGAACAGGAGAUCAUAAGGACAUUGGAGCUGGAAAGGGACGACUUUAUUCAGUUAACGUACCACUCAAGGACGGAAUUACUGACGAAAGUUAUCAGAGCAUCUUCAAGCCAAUUAUGACGGCAGUCAUGGAGCGUUUCCAGCCUUGUGCUGUUGUGCUUCAAUGCGGAGCCGACUCCUUGAAUGGUGAUAGACUGGGACCAUUCAACCUUACGCUGAAAGGUCACGGAGAAUGCGUAUCGUUCUUCAGGAAGUUUGAUGUUCCAUUGAUGCUCGUUGGUGGCGGAGGAUACACUCCAAGAAAUGUUGCUCGAUGCUGGACGUAUGAGACUGCUAUUGCAGUUGGCCGAGAUGUUCCUGAUGAGCUCCCAUACAAUGAUUAUUUCGAAUAUUUCGGACCGACUUACAAGUUGCACAUCGAGCCUUCAUCGAACAACAACGAUAAUAGCCCAGAACACCUGAGGAAAAUUCAAGAACUUAUUAUUGACAAUUUGAGCAAACUCACUUUUGUGCCAAGUGUCCAAAUGCAGAUUGUUCCUGAGGAUGCUUUGAAAUGCUUAAACGAUGAAAGUCUUGGAAGAGACAUGGCUAAUCCAGAUGUACGGUUACAUCCUUCCAUUAUGGAUGGUGUUACUGACGAUCCAGGAGAUUUCUAUGAUGGAGAAACCGAAGGGGAAGAUCGACGCAAUGAGCACUCUGCGAAACGAGCGGCCGAGACUAUGGAAAUUGAUGGUAUCGGGGUCGAACCUAAGAAAUCUAAGGAAACCCCCGAAGAGUAA